GCCCGGCUCAGUGCUGCGGUCGCCGCCUCCCGCAGGCUUCCCUCGGGUCCGCUACGCCCCCCCGCAGGCUUCUCUCGGGUCCGAACCCAGCUGUGGGAAAACACCGGGGAUCCAGCAUGUCUGCCGAUGUCUGGGUGGGAGCAUGGAGACCCCACCGGCCCAAAGGGCCCAUUGCUGCUCUCUACAGCAGUCCCGGGCCCAAGUACGGGCUCCCCACAAACGUAGGUUACCCUCUUCAUGACCCCUCCCGCUACCGAGCCCCCGCGUACAGCUUCGGCAUCCGCCGCCUCUGUCUGCAGGAUGAGUGCUCCCCGGGACCCAAGUACAUGGUGCCAGCCAAGAUGACCAUGAAGGGCAAAGAUGGUAACCCUGCCUACUCCAUCUAUGGCCGUCCCAGGGACCUGAUGCCCUUCCUGACUCCCGGGCCAGGUCGAUAUUCCCCAGAGAAAGCAGGGAAAUGGACCUAUCGCUCCGCACCCAUCUAUUCGCUCGCCUCGCGCACGAAGGAGUUUGCGAAUGACCAGACUCCAGGGCCUGCCGCCUACGGGCUCCCCCCAAUGAUUGGGCCCAAGGUCGUCGGCAAGAGCUCUGCCCCAAACUAUUCCCUACUGGGACGCAGUUUGGUUGGCAGCUUCUAUGAGGACCUGAGCAAGACGCCAGGGCCCUGUAACUACCGUGUGGUGGAACCCGGCGUGUACAAGACCCGGGCCCCCCAGUACAGCAUGCUUGCCCGCAACAUGCUCCCUGGGGACAACACGCAGAAACCAGGGCCCGGGGCACACAGCCCGGAGAAGUACGUCCAGCAGCGUGGCCAGACCUUUGGGAUCCGCCACUCCGACUACCUGGCGCCCCUCAUCGUGGACGUGGUGGAUUAAGCGAACGCGGUCGGAGAAGCAGAGGGAGCGACUGGUCGCGGGCGUUAGAGAGAGGGACGGACUGGACAAGAAUUUUGCAUUUGAAAAUCUUUGCUGACUUAAUACUCUGUCCAGUCGCCUUCGGCAAGUCAGCCUCCAGCUCCUCAGGCCCUGGGAGACCCGGGGAGCUUGGGCCUGGCGCCUUUGGGCCAUUUGGCAGCAGCCAGACAGUGGAACCGGAGCAGGCUGUCAUGUGAGUGUGAGCUCCAGCGGGUGUGUGGAAAGGGGGUGAGGCGAGGUCAGGCUGGCUGCAGUGCACCCGACAGACCAGGCUCUCUUGCACUAGCCCCAGUAGCUCGGGGCCCCCCUCACAUUCUGACUUUCACUCCUGAGGGGGAUCCGUUCACAGCAGCAGGCACCGGGGAGGCCAACGCGCCCAUGCUGUCAUCUCUGUGUGCCUCUUCGGUGCCGAGGACGGAGCUAGUCCUUGGAGCAUGGCCAGGAGACCUAAUGCAGCAACUGGCUCCCACGCAAUGCAGCCCAGCCCACCAAUGCCCUUUCCCCUUGGCUUCCCUCCUGGGCCGCUGGCGAACAACUGCUGGAUCCUUGCCCAGCGCUUUCUGCCAGCCAGUGAGGAGGUGGAAGGGUCUCAUUUUGACUGCUCUGUGCCCUGAGGUUUCCCCGUCAGCUCCUGGGAUUGUGUCUCUCUCUGAGCACAGGCCGCUGCCACUAUCAGCUACAGGCUAUUGUCCAGGGCUUUGUCUAGCCUAGCAGUAAGCUUCCCACCCAUCCCCUGGCUGGCCAGUUCCCUCUUCCCACCCAUCUCUCUUCCAGGGCAUCUUCCC